AUGUCGACCUCCACAUCAGGCUCCUCCUCCUACUCCAGCCCCGCACCACCCACCUUUUUACCAACCGCAGCGCUGGACCAUGCUCUUUCGGGCAUCACAGCAGGAGCAGUAGCGACAGUAUGUAUGCAGCCGCUGGACCUGAUCAAGACGCAGUUCCAAGUACGCACCACUCCACUGGGACGUUGGGCUAGCGAUCUGGGCCGGGCGAGGAUCGAGGCGGCUGAGAGGCACGGAGCUGCUGGUGCUGCUUCUUCUCGUCCAAGUGGCUCGGAUCGCAGCAUUCCAGUCCAAAAGUCGAGAUAUCUGCGACGUGCAAGGAUACCUUGGCAGAGGGUGCUGGGAGUGCACAUGGCCAAGGACAUGAGCAGGGCUUGGUCUGAGAUUGUCAAGCGCGACGGCUGGCAAGGGUUAUAUCGGGGUUUGGGACCCAAUGUGGCGGGCAACAGCGCCAGCUGGGGUCUCUACUUUCUCUGGUGAGCUGUGCCCUCGCAGACGAUUGCGACUUUCUGCCGUCGUGACUUUGCAAAGGGGAGUGACGGCUCAUCAGAGCUACCGUCCGCCACCACUCCCGAACAGGUACACAAUGAUCAAGGACUACAUGGCGCGCCAAGAUUCGAGCGACGGGGGCAAAAAGUUGAGUCCUGGGCAGCAUUUGCUAGCUGCUAGUGAGAGCGGUGAGUGUCUUUAAAGGUAUCAAGAGGCUCGCGACGCGCCCACGGCACUGAACCCCGCCACUUCCCAACAGGCGCAAUCACUGCUCUCAUGACGAAUCCAAUCUGGGUGGUCAAGACACGCAUGUUCACCACCUCUCCCAACGCCGCUGCCACCUCUACUAGUCUGUCUGCCAUCUCAGCAGCAAACCCGACCUCUACACCUUCUCCGUCCAUUUCAGCCGCCCACAACGCAACACUCUACCGAGGCUUGAUGCACGGCCUGCGGGAAAUAUGGAGGUACGAAGGUGUAAAGGGUCUCUACAAAGGUGCUGGAUUGGCAUUAUUUGGAGUUAGCAACGGCGCUAUACAAUUUGUGGCGUACGAGGAAGGGCGAAGAUGGAGGAGCGACAAAGCUAGAAGGAGGGCAGCGGCCGCCAGUGGCACCCGGAGUAGCUCCCCCACUGCAUCUGGACAGCGCGAGAAUGACCUCGUCAAAUUGGUGAGCGACCCGGCCUGACUUUGUCGCGCUGAAAAGCGAGCUGAUUGCGUCGAUUGCACGCGACAGAGCAACACCGAGUAUGUCGUCAUCUCGGGCCUCUCUAAAUUCCUCGCCAUCGUAAUCACCUAUCCGUAUCAGGUCAUUCGAUCGCGCAUUCAAGUAAGUCUAGAAAGGCGCGAGAUUCGGUAGCACAUAAAAGCUGAGUGUCGUCGUCCUUCGAAUCGACCAGAAUCAAGCGACGUCGCACAUCUACACUUCCAUUCCAACAUGCAUAAGACUGACUUACACUCAGGAAGGAUUGGGAGCCUUCUAUCGCGGCAUGGCCCCUAAUGCCGUUCGCAUCAUUCCAGGAACUUGCGUCACCUUUGUCGUGUACGAGAAUAUGAGCUGGGCGCUCAAGGGAGCCGCUUCUAGACGCGCAGGUUUCGACGUCACCGAUGCGAAAGAAGUUCAUAGAGAGGUAUAA